AUGGCUUUUGUAUUCUAUCUAAAAGAUUUCAACUCGGACAUAGUAGUGAUGAUUCAAUCUUUAGGAGGUAACACUCUUCCGCAAGCAUUUGAUAUAGCAGUCCAAGCUAAAAACAACCUUAUUGACAUUGGAAAGCUAUCCCCUCACCCUAUAAUGCUAGUAUUCUCUGAAAUAUCUACCCAAGUCAUGGAGGAAGCCGCUCCUAGUACUUCUGCUCCACAAUCUAUGUAUUCAUUCCCUACUCCCCAAACUGCUUCUUCGGCUACUGAAGCGCAGCCAGUGUUAAGGCCAGCGCCGGCCCCGCCCAGCCCGGCGGCCACCGCUCGGCCACCAGCACGCCGCCGCCCAGCGCAGCCCGCAACCCGCAACCCGCCUGCCGCUAGCAGCCCGCGCACCGCCGCCAGCUCGCCCGCGCCCAGCCAGCGCGCCGCCCACGCGCCGCCGCCUCCUGCGCCCGCCCCUGGUCGCCCAGAGGACCAGGGGCUGAUUUUUUUUUAG